AUGAACCAGGCCUUCUGGAAAACCUACAAAUCCAAAGUGCUGCAGACCCUGGGUGGGGAAUCUGAGGAGGAACUGGCAGAGGAGAGGGAGAACCCAGCUUUAGUGGAGUCUGAGGCAGAGACAGCAGAACCGGCCUCAGAGCCCUUCAAUCCCAUGUCACAGCUGGCCCGCCGGGUUCAGGGGGUCGGAGUGAAAGGCUGGCUGACAAUGUCAUCUCUGUUUAACAAAGAAGAUGAGGACAAGCUGCUGCCCCCGGAGCCCUGUGCUGACCACCCGCUGGCGGCGCAGGCGGCCGCGGCCGCGGAGGCGGAGGCGGAGGCGGAGGCGGCGGCGCAGCCCCAGCCGCGGGGGCUCGGCUUCUGGGACGCCUUCGCCAGCAGGUGGCAGCAGCAGCAGGCGGCCGCGGCGUCCAUGCUGCGCGGCGCCGAGCCCGCCCCGGAGCGGGACCCCGAGGCCGAGGCCGGCGAGGAGGCCGCGGAGGAGGCGGCCGAGCAGCCCGGGCCGCGGGAGACCGACUCGGCGGCCGACUUCAAGUGGGGCUUCCUCACCCACAAGCUGGCCGAGAUGCGGGUGAAGGCUGCGCCCAAGGGUGACUAG